UAGGGAUUGUGGAGUGUCUGAAGUCGUGCGCCAGAGUCAGAACUGCGUCUACCGUCCCAGGUGUCGGUUGCCGGAGCAGAGCGAGCAAGCGAUGCUGCGGCUGCCGCUUCCUGAUUGGCUGCGUCUGGCUCCCUCUUCGUUCUGAUUGGUCGCGAGUGAUCUGGACGAUGCUCAGCAAGGGCCUAAAGCGCAAACGGGAGGAGGAGGAGAAGGAGGAAGCCCUCUCAGUGGACUCAUGGUGGUUGGACCAAAGCCACCCAGCAGUGGCACAGACCCCUCCCACCGUGGCCUCCAGCUCUCUCUUCGACCUCUCUGUGCUCAAGCUCCAUCAUAGCCUGCGUCAGAGUGAGCCAGACCUCCGGCACCUGGUGCUGGUCGUGAACACGCUGCGGCGGAUCCAGGCAUCCAUGGAACCUACAGCUACCCUGCCACCUAUGCCCAUGCCACCCACAGCCCCCUCUGUGGCAGACAGCCUUCUGGCUAGCUCAGACGCUGGCCUCUCAGCCUCCAUGGCCAGCCUUCUGGAAGAUCUCAACCACAUUGAGGACCUGAACCAGGUUCCCCAACCCCAAGCAGAUGAGGGGCCCCCAGGCCGCUCCAUUGGGGGUGUCUCACCCAACCUGGGUGCCUUGGACCUGUUAGGGCCAGCCACUGGCUGUCUGCUGGACGAUGGACUGGAGGGCUUAUUUGAGGACAUUGAUACCUCCAUGUAUGAUAGUGAACUUUGGUUACCAGCCUCUGAGGGUCUCAAACCUGGCCCUGAGAAUGGUCCAGCCAAGGAGGAAACUCCAGAGUUGGACGAGGCUGAACUGGACUACCUCAUGGAUGUACUAGUAGGUACACAGGCACUAGAAAGGCCUCCGGGGCCUGGGCGCUGACUGCUAGACCCGGACAUGGUUGGCUGGUGGUGAGCCUGAUGGUUAGACCAAUCCACCUUGGCAUGACACGGGUGGCUUUCCUUUACACAGGAGGGCGAGGGUCACUUUGGAGAGACAGUCCUGAGUCCUGGGCAAUUUCACAUUCAUCCACUUGUCUUGGCCAGUGAGGGAGUUGGAAAUAAGCCCCCAGUGGUGGAGUGACAGGACCUGGUGACUGCAAUGUGUUUGGGCCAGGCCGCGGGUUGGAUUGAUCCCCUGGGAUUAUAGUCUGGGCUAUCCCAUCCCAUUAUCCCCAGUGUGGAAAGAGACCUCAUAAUUUUUUGAAAUUAAAACCAGCUUUGGGGAAAUAUCAA